AUGGGGGACAGUUAUUCAACAUAUUUGCUUGACAUCGAAGGGACAGUGUGCCCGAUCUCGUUUGUGAAGGACACUUUAUUCCCGUAUUUCGCAAAGAAAGUGCCGCAAUUGGUGCAACAGGAUUCAAGGGAUUCCCCGGUUUCCGACAUUCUGUCACAGUUUCACAUUGGCGACAAAGACCAAUUGCAGGCGCACAUCUUGGAGUUGGUGGCUAAGGAUGUGAAGGAUCCAAUCUUGAAACAGUUGCAAGGCCACAUUUGGGCACAGGGUUACGAAUCUGGGCAGAUCAAGGCGCCCAUUUAUGCAGACGCUAUUGAUUUUAUCAAGAGAAAGAAGCGUGUGUUUAUCUACUCUAGUGGAUCUGUAAAGGCACAGAAAUUACUGUUUGGCUAUGUUCAGGACCCCAACACCCCUGCGCUCGAUUCCUUGGAUUUGAAUUCUUACAUAGAUGGUUAUUUCGACAUCAACACUUCUGGAAAGAAAACCAAAGCACAGUCUUACGCUAAUAUCCUGCGUGAUAUUGGUGCAAGUGCUAGUGAGGUACUGUUCUUAAGCGACAAUCCAUUGGAGUUGGAUGCUGCGGCUAGUGUGGGAAUAGGCACUGGGUUAGCCACACGUCCUGGAAAUACGCCUGUCCCCGAUACGCAAAAGUAUCAGGUGUUUAAGAAUUUUGAAACUCUUUAA